AUGGGAGGUUCGUCGUCCCGCUCCGCCAUCCGGCGCGGGCGGGCGGAAGGAGGGGACCGCAACCAGCCCUCGUCCACCUUCCACCACCCCACCGAGAUGGCCACCACAACACCGCCCCCGCCACCUCCACCUCCACCUCCACCUCAACCUCAACCUCAACCUCGCAUGGCCUCGCCCUUCCUCGCCCUCUUCCGCUCGCUGGGCAACUCCCGCUGGGCCCUCACCCGCACCCUCCGCAGUGACAACCCGUUCGACCUGAACGGUGAACUGCGGGGCACCGCCACCUUCACCGCGUUACCGAGUACGGCCGACCGCGACUGGCUGUACAGCGAAGAGGGCGACAUCCCCACGACGGUCAGUGGCGGGGCCGCGCAGGCGGGCCUGCGCUGGACGAAGAAAUAUAUCUGGCGCGAUGAUGACGCGGGGCGCAUCAGUGUGUGGUUUGUCAAGGUGGCUCCCGGGCCCGAGGAGGCAGACUACCUCUUCCACAACUUCGAGUUCGCAGAGGCCGCGAGCAGACGGGAGGGACAAGGGGAGGGGAAGGAGGAGGAGGGGGGAGGAAUUGAUCACUCCCCCGACGCCUCCGACGACAACGUCCGAUGCGGAGAGCACCGUUCUCACCGCUCGUGGAAACCACCUCUGCAUCAACGACAUGUACCGCACCGCCUACGCCUUUCGCAUUCGGCCGGAGACAGGGGAGGUGCUGAGCUGGGCCAGUCGGCAUGUCGUCCGGGGUCCGAAGAAGGACCAGGAGAUUAUCAAUCGCUACGACCGGGGGCAAUGAACAAAAAGGCGGGGGGAGAGACUCGGUGUGAUGCUGUCGGUAUAACUUCCCGGGAGCCAGCCAGUCCGCGGGCCGCUCUCUCUGGGAGCGGGCUGGUUCUUUUCCGUUCCUACCCUUUUGUUUGCGUCAACCUCUUGCAAUUCAGCCUAUUCUACUCGUAUUCGGAUUUCAAUCGCGUCUCAGCCCAUCGAAUUCCACUCAUCAUAUAG